GCACCGCUCUAGCCGUCGCUCUCGGUGGGCACCGCCGCCAGCCAAUCACCGGGCGCACCGCCCUGCACCCCUCCCCCUCGCCUCCCGUGGAUCAGCUGGGUCCCCGAGAUGUCUGUUGACAGCGGUGGCGGCGACUGUGCUGCCGGUUCCGGGAUCCGCGCAGGGCGGGGGAUGUGAGUCCUAUGGAGCCACACGGGGAAGACGAGCAGCCGCCACCGCGGGAGCCCUGGGGGAGGCUUCUUCGCCUAGGCGCAGAGGAGGACGAACCCCAGAUCCUUCUUUGGAAACGCGAGUGGACCAUCGGAAGGAGGAGAGGCUGUGACCUCUCUUUUCCCAGCAAUAAACUGGUCUCUGGAGAUCACUGUAAACUUAGAGUGGAUGAAAAAUCUGGUGAGGUGACACUGGAAGACACCAGCACCAAUGGAACAGUAAUCAACAAACUUCGAGUUGUUAAGAAGCAGACUUACCCUUUACAGAGUGGGGAUAUCAUCUAUUUGGUGUACAGGAAGAACGAGCCAGAGCACAAUGUGGCAUACCUCUAUGAAUCUUUAAAUGGCAAACAGAGCUUAACUCAAGAAUCCCUUGAAGCCAAUAAAGAAAAUAUGUUCCAUGUGACCAAAGAUUCCUCAGGUCCAGGGCAGGGUGAUGACCCCCAGGUUCCACUAUUGUCACCCAUGGCUCAGACAUGCUUAGAGGAACCACAGCCAUCAACAUCGACAUCAGACCUCCUUCCCACGGCCUCUACCUCUUCUACGGAGCCAGAGCUGACCUCUGCAGGGCAAAAGCAUUCCUCUAGCUCUGGACCUGGGACUAUAAGCAUCUCCCCAAAAGAAUGUAGUUCACUUGUUGCCAAUGGUGAACUCUCUAGCCUUUCUUCAGUUUUCCAAGACAACGAAGCAUCCUUUUCUUUGUUGAAAACCGAAGAUACUGAGGAAUUGGAGCCUGCCAAAAAAAAGAUGAAAGGAGAUGGGGAGCUUGACUUGAACCUCCAGUUAUCAGUUGCAGACCAGCGUGGAAUUGCCCAAACCUCAAGUGAGGAUGUCAAAGAUGCCUCUGUGAAACCAGACAAGAUGGAGGAGACACUAACCUGUAUCAUCUGUCAAGACCUUCUGCAUGAUUGUGUGAGUUUGCAGCCUUGUAUGCACACAUUUUGUGCGGCUUGCUACUCUGGUUGGAUGGAGCGUUCAUCUCUGUGCCCUACCUGCCGAUGUCCAGUGGAGCGGAUUUGCAAAAAUCACAUCCUGAACAACCUCGUGGAAGCAUACCUUCUCCAGCACCCAGAUAAGAGUCGCAGUGAAGAAGAUGUGAGAAGUAUGGAUGCAAGGAAUAAAAUCACUCAAGAUAUGCUGCAACCCAAAGUCAGGAGGUCUUUCUCUGAUGAAGAGGGGAGUUCAGAGGACCUGCUAGAGCUGUCUGAUGUUGAUAGUGAAUCCUCAGACAUCAGUCAGCCAUACAUUGUAUGCAGACAGUGUCCUGAAUACAGAAGGCAAGCAGUGCAGUCUCUUCCUUGCCCAGUCCCAGAGGGUGAGCUGGGAGCCACACAGGCCCUUGGUGGGGAAGCACCUUCAACAUCUGCCAGCUUGACAACAGCAGCCCCGGGUUAUACAUGCCCUCUUCAGGGAAGCCAUGCCAUAUGCACCUGCUGCUUCCAGCCUAUGCCGGACCGGAGAGCUGAGCAUGAGCAGGAUUCCCGCGUCGCCCCUCAACAGUGUGCAGUGUGCCUGCAGCCCUUCUGCCACCUGUACUGGGGCUGCACACGAACUGGCUGCUUUGGCUGCUUGGCCCCAUUCUGUGAGCUCAACCUGGGGGACAAGUGUUUGGAUGGAGUGCUGAACAAUAACAAUUAUGAGUCGGAUAUCCUGAAGAAUUACCUGGCAACCAGGGGUCUGACAUGGAAAAAUAUGUUGACAGAGAGUCUCCUGGCUCUACAGCGGGGUGUAUUUAUACUGUCUGAUUACAGAAUCACUGGAAACACCGUGCUGUGUUACUGCUGUGGUCUGCGUAGCUUCCGAGAGCUGACCUAUCAGUAUCGUCAGAACAUUCCUGCUUCAGAGUUGCCAGUGACCGUAACAUCCCGUCCUGAUUGCUACUGGGGCCGCAACUGUCGCACUCAGGUGAAGGCUCACCAUGCAAUGAAAUUCAAUCACAUCUGUGAGCAAACAAGGUUCAAGAACUGAAUAUUGGAGGAGACACAUGAAACAGUUACAGAGCACAGGAGGCAAUGAUACUAUGGUUUUU